AUGGACCUUCCAGAUAACUACGGCUGGGUUCUGUUCAUGGAGCUCUUAAUCCUUGUGGAAUAUUAUUGCACUGUCAUCUACGUUGGCUAUGCCAGAAAAAAAGUAUUUACGCCCAAGUUCAUGAGUGAGAAUUUUGGGGAAGAAUUCAGAAAUACGUUCAGACGUGAUCCGGAUCCACUAGGAUAUCCAGAUAUGGGAAAUGGACGAUUCUCUGAAAAACUGUCUUUUGCGGACUGGUAUUAUUUUAACAAUGCUCAAAGGGUACACUAUAGAAUUUUACAGAGACAAAAAAUUAUAGCCUUGAUAGAGAAUUAUUUGUGGAUUUAUAAUAGAAAAGUAUAUAACUUUUUAGAAGGAAUCCAUAUCCCUCUUGUUUGCAUUCCGAUCGGAGGGGUAGAGCUGGAGUACUAUACAAUUGGGCUAGCAGCUGCGUAUAUUGCUGGGAGAGCUAUAUAUGCGAUAGGUUAUACAAGGGUAGGCUCAAAAGGAAGAUUGAUAGGAGUGGGGAUUCUUGAUUUAGCACUUAUUGGUCUUGUGGUUAUUGCUUUUAUUUCAAGCAUCUUUAUGGUUUAUAACUAA